CGCCAUUGCGGGGAAAACGGCCAUCUUCAAAUUGUGAAGCUUUCAUUGUGUUGCUUGUGUGUUGUUUGUGGAGUGUAAAUUGGGUGAAUUUAGGGCUUUAUAGCUCAAGAGGGUGUAUAUUUCGCUUCUAGUGAAAUGGGUCUUGCUAAGGGAAGAGGCAGAGGGAGAGGAGGAAUAGGCAAACCCAAAAUCAGGGGACCAGUGGGUAAGCCGCCUCCGCUAAUGGGCCGGUUGGCCCCACCGCCAGGAAUGGGUCUUCGUCCACGCGGACCGCCAGUUCCUCCGUUGGUUCCUCCUCGCGUUCCUCCUCGUGUUCCCCCUCGUAUGAGGCCGCCGCCUCCAGGAAUGAGGCCCCCAAUUCCUCCAGUUCUGGGACCUCCACGACCUCCUAUGCCACCAUUCCAUCCACCUCCACCCCACGGUCGUCCCCUCCCGCCACCGCCUCCUUUAGCUCUGAGACCUCCUGUUCCUCCACCUUCUCUACUGAGAGCUCGGGGGCAAGGCAUUCCACCUCCUUUAAUGCGUGGUCCAGGAUUCAGACCUCCAGGACCCAUGAUGCCGAAAUUUGGCCCGGGUAAGAGGAAUCCUGCAGCACAGAAGGGCCCAAAAAAGAAACAGAAAGGGAAGAAAAUGGAGUUGGGUGAUGAUUCUGAAAUAAACAAACCCUGGGUGACAGAAGCAAUGAAGAAUGAAAUACAGAAAAAGCAUAAAUUAUAUCAGAAAGCUAAGAAGAGUAACCAGCAGACAGAUUGGGAAGAGUUUAAAGAGCAAAGAAAUCGUGUGACAACAAUGAUUCGGGAAGCCAAAUUGGAAUAUAUUGGCAGUCAUCCGGAAGAGGAGGGCGAUUUCUUCUGCGAGUCCUGUGAUCGGCAGUUUAAUUCAUCAUUGAAAUAUGCAGAACAUGUUGCGGAACAUGAGACAUGUGGCAUUGAAGGUUGUUCAUUCACAGCCCACCCAAAAAUUGUUGCAAAGCAUGUGGAAUUUCAGCAUUUGUCUGGCCUCUUUAAUAGAAUAGGCAAAAUGGAUUCACCAGAAGAUAUUGCUAAGUGGAUAGCGGAUAGAAAGAGGCAUUACCCCACAAAGGAAAAUAUUGAUAAAAAACAAGCUGAAUUAUUGGAAAAGAUGCAAAGAGGUGAACGGCUAAUGAAAGACAAGAGCCGGUUCAAUAGAGAUGUACUGAACAGACAGAGAGGAAGAGAUUUUAGUAAGCGUGGUCGUGGAAGAGGAAAAGGCCGUUUUUCCCAAGGCAGACGUGGAUAUGGCUUUGAAAUCAGGGAGGAAGACGAUAUGGAAGAUCAAGAAGAAGAAUUAAAUACAUGUCGAGGGAAAUUGAAACUCUUUCGUGGCACUCGGAUCCUGGAAGAGGAGGAAGAAAUGAUGGAUUGUAAAAAUGAAACGAUAGCAGAAGCCUUCAGUGAUACCGAAUGGGAAGCUGCUGAUAAGCAAUUUACGGAACCUCCUGUUGUGCCCAUUGCCAGUAGGGCCCUUAGCAAUUUAAUGUGUUCCUAUGCAUCUGAUGCUUCAGACUCCGAAAAUGAUGGUCCUAUGGAAAUUCCUAUUCUGAAGACUGAAUUUAUAGCUCCUUCCUCAACUGUACAAGUAGUGGCUGUUAAUUCUACUACUGAGGAAUGCGAUAGGCCGGAUGGAUGUAAUAAUGCGAUGGAAGUAAAAGACUCUGUAGGAACACCAGUUGAUACAUCUAAUGAGAAACACAAUGAUCCUUGCAAGAAAGACUCUGUAGGAACACCAGUUGAUACAUCUAAUGAGAAACACAAUGAUUCUUGCAAGGGAAUUGACACAGAUUUGCCAGAUAAUGCUCCUUUUGCCAUGAACUGUGAUAAUUUUCAAGUGUUGUCUGGAAACCGUGUUGCAUUAAGCAAUGAUACUGAAGUAUCAGAGUUUGCAGAUUCUUCGGACAUAAGUUCUCAUUGUUUCACAAGGGAAGCCAUUGAUACAGAAAACAUUCCUCCUGCAACGUUUGAGGACUCUAAAGAUAUUUCCAAUGGUAUUUCUAAUGUACCUGAUCAAGCAGAAGAAAUUGAUGAAAUGACACCUGCAUUUUCCAAUACAGAAACUGGUGAAGGACUUUUGCCUAAAAAUGAAGAAAGUGAUUUGCAAGUUGAAAGAAACAGAUUUAGAACUAUCAAUGAUACUGGUCAUACUAGGUCAAGGGAUACGCAAAGAAAAAAUGAUCAAAUCUCAAGACAAAGUAGAUUUAAUAAGAAUGCAUUUCAAGGACAAUAUCUCAGAAGGCAGAGGAAGACUCUUCUAGAGAAGUUGCUGGCCAAAGAAAUUCUUCAUGAACGAAAUGUGAUACUGCAGUGUGUAAGAUAUGUAGUAGAUAAUGAUUUCUUUGGUGUUGGACAGAAAAAAAAAUGUAUUCCUAAUACUGAACUGAAUAUAAUGAGUGAUGGUGCUAUGGAAAGUAAGAAGAAUAGUGUUUUGUUACAAAGUAUAAAGUUUAUUGUUGAAAGAAAUUUCUUUGAAACAUCAAAAUGAAGAGAAUAGACUCCUUUCUUAAAUAAGUUGUACCUUGACUGUUUAUGUUAAUUUCGUUUGUUUUUUAAUAAAAGAUUUUCAAUAGAUAGGAUGUAUUUUAGUUUGCUUACCCAGAAGUGAUCAGUCUUAGAAUUUUAAUUUGAAGAAAACUGAGUUGCGACAUUCUUUGGCUGUGGUGUUGAGCUAGUACUUGCUAGGGGUGACUAUAAGAAUUUUUGAUAUUGGUUCUUUUGGCAUUUAUGACAAUUUGAUUUAGAAGAAUAUUGUAAAUUGUAGCAGAGAAUCUUGGCUUCAGAAGAACAUGGAAACAAAAAAGACAUGAAAAAUUCAAUGUUCUAAACAAUGGCAGAUAAAGUGUAAUACGUUCAAUGAUAUAUAAUACAUUCUCCAGAGUUUCAGUUUAAACAAAUGUUGAUAUUAGGAAAAAUAAAAUAAUUUUUUUAUGAGUAGUUUGUUGAAAUAGUAGAAUGUUUUAAAAAUCUCCUAUUCACUUGAUGCACUUAGUAUGCCUACUAGCCAUGUUAAUGUCAUUGACCAAUAUGAACUAGCAGAAAUAAGUGUUGAAGUUAGAUGUCCCUUUCUUUUGUAGGAAUAUGAGUUUGUAUUGUGUUGGUAAGAAAAAUAUAUACAAGGGAAAAUUUCUUAAAAUACAGAAAAUAGUUUUGUGACUGAGUGACUUCAACAAACAAUAUUAGUUAUGACUAAUAUUGUGAGGCUAUGGCAUCUUGUGAAUCCUCUUUUCAUGCUACCCUCUACUUUUACACUACAGUACUUUUAACCACGAUGUGAUGCUGUUCCGAAACAUGGAACCAUAUUUGAUGCCUACCUCUACUUCCUUGUCAGGGUUAAAAUAUUGUAAUAAAUAUUGCAUCAUUUGCCGGGAAACGCUGCGCGAAUCGCGUUAUCUGCUGGCGCCCCCCCCGAACCGGACGGUUCCGGGUUAUUCGCGAGUCGCGUAGAAAUAUGGGGCAACUGCCGAAUGUGUCAAAACGGGCGCCGAUCAGGUAAAAUAAUUCUCCGCUGCCGGCGGCCGCGAUUCGGUGAAUAAGCAGUCAGUUGGUGCAGUAGGUGUACAGCAGUGCAGUGGACCCUGAUUAGCGCAUCAUAUUGUGUGAUAGUGUAGAAGUGAACAGUGUAAAUAAAUAAUCAGGAGAAGAGUCGUGUAUAAAGAAAAUAAUCAAGUGAAGAACACAAGGACUGUGUAAUCUAUCUAUAAAUAAAUCAAGUAUUUUUUAGUGUAGCAUUGAGAAACAAAAUAAACUUUUUUGUUAAA